GGUAACUGUGAUGUAAGCCCAGAGGGGGGAUUGAGGGGGGUUGUCCUCUUUCUUUCUCUUCCAUUGUGGUGUGUGUUAGUGUGUGUUAGUUGUGUGUGUUAGUGUGUGUGUUUAGUGUGUGUUUAUUGUGUGUUAGUGUGUUUAUUGUGGACCAGCAGCUUCAGUCGGAGGGAAAUGAGAAACGAGAGAAGUGAAGAACUGAAAGAAGAGAAAAGAAGAAGGAGAAGGAGACGUUCUGAUGUUGGGGAUUUAGCCCCUCCCCCUAAUGACAGUUAUGAUUUAAGCCCCUCCCCCUGAUGACAGUAGUGAUUUUAGCCCCUCCCCCUGAUGACAGCUGUGAUUUUUAGCCCCUCCCCCUGAUGACAGCUGUGAUUUUAACCCCUCCCACUGAUGACAGCUGUGAUUUUUAGCCCCUCCCCCUGAUGACAGUAGUGAUUUUAGCCCCUCCCCCUGAUGACAGCUGUGAUUUUUAGCCCCUCCCCCUGAUGACAGCUGUGAUUUUAACCCCUCCCACUGAUGACAGCUGUGAUUUUAGCCCCUCCCACUGACGACAGCUGUGAUUUUAGCCCCUCCCACUGAUGACAGCUGUGAUUUUAACCCCUCCCACUGAUGACAGCUGUGAUUUAAGCCCCUCCCACUGAUGACAGCUGUGAUUUUAACCCCUCCCACUGAUGACAGCUGUGAUUUUAGCCCCUCCCACUGAUGACAGUAGUGAUUUUAGCCCCUCCCCCUGAUGACAGCGGUGAUUUUAGCCCCUCCCACAACCCCACAGCUCCAUCAUGGCUGACAGAAGACUCUCAGGUGUAGCUCCUCCCUCCUGGUCUUCACCUUCUCCUCAGAACGGGAGGAUCGGGGGGACGGCACCCCCCCACCCUAAUGGCAGUCUGGAGGCCGGACCGGGACGCCACAGUCCCAGCACCAGAACCUCAGCCUCCUUCUCACCCCUCAGGACCCUGAGGUCCCUCGGAGGUCUUGGGACUCCUGUGCUGGGUCCUGGUCCUGAAGGCUGCCAGAGCUCCACCAGGCCCCGGGGUCAGAGCUUCGGCUCUGCUCUGAGCUCUAGGACCAGAACCAUGACAUCCAGGAGCAAGCGUCGGAACAGCCAGCAGGAGGAGCCGGAGGCCUUGUUGGACCUGAUUCUGGAGUGUCAGGGUCAGAGACUGGAGGACCAGAGAGCCAGCCUCAGCCUGCUGCCGGACCCAGGACCAGCUGCUCUCUGUGGGGCCUGCUGCCCGGACCAGCCCACCUUGCCCAGUCUGGACUUUUACUACAUGCUCAUCCACUACCAGUCUGACAGGAUGGAGGACCAGAGGUGCUCCCUUCCUGAUCUGGAGGAUGUGGUUGGUUCGGUUCCUGAAGGUCAGGAGGAUUUCUUCAGUUUGAUUCAGAGAGUUCAGUCCAGGAGGAUGGACGAACAGAGAGCCUCGCUGCUGCUGACGCACCCUGAGGACGACCACAAUGACCACAUCAACACACACACAGCUGGCUCCUCCCCCGGUCAUCAUCAUCAGCAGCAUCCAUGAUGAAGAGCAGAGUCCACAGGGGUUCUAGUGCUCUGUAGACUAAAAGUACUGUUUGUAAUCGUCAGACAGCGGACCAGAGUUUGGAUCUUGUCAUCAUGCGUUUGUGAAUCAGGAUUCAGACUGUUGAUGUGGAAACCGCGGUGACGGAUUCUCGUAGUAAACCCAGCCUGAAGGUCUGACCUGAGACCAGCUGUACGUGUUACUGUAUGAUGUCAGUAGUUAAAGGUUGUUACCACUAGGAGCGCCGUGGAUCAAUGUUUCUACCAGUGGGUCUUUGAUUUCUUUGUAUCUCGUGUGCACGGACCACAUCAUUACACACUAGGGAUGCACCGAUACCGAUACCAGUAUCGGGUAUCGGGUCCGAUACUGUGCUCAUGUACUCGUACUCUCAAAACGUCUCCGAUACAACGGCACCGAUACCACGGC